GACUGCCAAUCCUCCGCUGUAGUUUACCGGAGACUACAACCGUCAUUCACUCUGCUGAAGACUAGAGAGAACACACAGACACCAUCAUGAAACAAAUGCUCAUAUUUGGGGUUUUUGCUUUUGCUACAUUCUACAUGGUUCACACUGAAGAAACAGAUUACUGUCUCCUACCACAGGACGUGGGUACAGCUCCAGCCUCCGGAGCAGAGGACUUCCAGAUCAUGCUGUAUUAUGACGCAGCUAAAGACCUGUGCUACCCCUUCAAGUACCUGGGGGAGGGGGGCAACGCUAACCGCUUCCCCCUGGAGAGGGUCUGUAUGAGGAACUGUUCUGCCAAGGCAGAGGAGAUCUAUCCCGUGGAUGGUGAGAUAACACACAUUUAA